AUGAAGACUGCUAUCAUCCUCGCUGCUGCUGCCUCGUCGGCUUUUGCCGCUGAGUGCGAGCUCACCCAGUUCAUGCCGCUUCUCCCGAUCGCGACGGACGCGAACGGCCCGUUCGUGAAGUGCGCCGCAGACAUCAAGAAGCCCGUGACCACUAUCAUGGUGCCGUCGUGGAUCCCGGAGGACCUUGCCACGGUCAAGCUCUUUGGCGCCUCGGAGAACUGCAAGAACUUCUUCUCAACCGUCACCAAGCACAUGGCCACGAUUGCGCCGCCGUGCACGCUGACGCAGAAGACGGGCCCUACGACGUCGGAUGUCGCUGCCAAGCUCAGCUUCGACCAGGCCGUGAAGGGCUGGACUGCGUUCUACUCGCCGACGGACGCGCCCAAGCCGACGGACCCGACGAAGCCGACGGAUGCCCCCAAGCCGACGGACCCGACCAAGCCGACGGACGCUCCCAAGCCGACUUCGGCCGGUGGCGCCACGACGAAGCCUGACGCCACGACGGCUGCGCCCAGCGACAAGACCACGGCGCCAGUAGCCACGGAUGCCGGCUCGGGUACUGCGGAGCCCAACGCGACGAUCGCUACGCCGGCGCCGUCGGCCCCCAAGACCAAGGCCCCGACACCGGCGCCGAGCUCGGCUGUCUCGGCUGGGCUUUCGGCCAUCGCCAUUGUGGCCACGGCGGCUGCCGUGUACAUGUAA